GGCUGGGCAGCCGCUGUAGGAGAAUGAGCGAAGCUGUGAGGCAAGAGGGAAAAUAAUAAGUGUACUGUAGAUGACUGUGUGUCGGAGGAGUGGUUCCUCGUCUGCCAGCGCUCAUGGACGACGCCCAGGACCGACGCCGUCACAUUAACAACAAGUAAACCUGACACGGGUGAGGCUUAUCCUAGUGGACCGUUCACCUAUGAUGGAACGAGCGAUGGAGCAGCUCAACGUACAGCUCAACCGGCUGACCCGCUCCCUCCGCCGGGCCAGGACCGUAGAACUCCCGGAAGACAAUGAGACAGCAGUUUACACACUUAUGCCAAUGGUCAUGGCUGACCAGCACAGAUCAGUAUCAGAGUUACUGCUCAACUCCAAGUUUGAUGUCAACUACGCCUUUGGACGGGUAAAGAGAAGUCUGCUGCACAUUGCUGCCAACUGUGGAUCAGUGGAGUGUCUGGUUCUGCUGCUAAAGAGAGGAGCCAACCCAAACUACCAGGACAUCUCAGGCUGCACCCCUCUGCACCUUGCUGCCAGAAAUGGACAGAAGAAGUGCAUGGGUAAACUGCUGGAAUUCAAUGCUGAUGUCAACAUCUGCAACAAUGAGGGACUGACUGCUAUCCACUGGCUGGCAGUGAACGGGCGAACGGAGCUCCUCCAUGAUCUGGUUCAGCAUGUGACCAACGUUGAUGUGGAGGACGCUAUGGGCCAGACAGCUUUACAUGUAGCCUGUCAGAAUGGACACAAAACUACGGUGUUGUGCCUCCUGGACAGUGGUGCUGACAUCAACCGGCCAAACGUCUCUGGAGCCACACCUCUUUACUUUGCUUGCAGCCAUGGCCAAAGAGACACCGCACAGAUCCUGCUCUCUCGAGGUGCCAAAUACCUCGCUGACAAGAAUGGAAUCACUCCUAUGGAUCUCUGCGUGCAGGGUGGAUAUGGGGAGACCUGUGAGAUUCUCAUCCAGCACCACAGCAGACUGUUCCAGACCCUCAUUCAGAUGACACAGAAUGAUGAAAUGAAAGAGAGUAUGCUCAGGCAGGUUCUGGAGCAUGUUUCUCAGCAGAAUGACAGUAAUUACCACAGGAUGUUGACCAGUCUUGCUGAAGUGGCUACAACCAACGGACACAAGCUCCUCAGCCUGUCCAGUAGUUAUGAGGCUCAGAUGAAGAGUUUGCUGAGAAUAGUUCGGAUUUUCUGCCACGUGUUCUGCCUCGGGCCUUCAUCGCCAAGUAACGACAUGGGCUACAACGGCAACAAGACUGCUCGCAGUCAGGUCUUUAAGCCACUGGAGUUGCUGUGGCACUCACUGGAGGAGUGGCUGGUGCUCAUCUCCACAGAGCUGGACAGGAAUAGGCAGAACCCGUCUGCCUCCUCCUCCUCCAGCAGUGAGAUCGCCUCUCUGCUUCUCAAACAGUGUGAGGUCGACCAGUCUGGCUCCACACAGAAGCUUCCUUCCUUGCUGGACCCUCAAAUUGUCAUGGAAACAGAGGUUUACCCUGACGGUGAGGACGUCAUCUCCAUGACGGCCAGUCGGCUCAGUGCGGUGAUCCAGGCCUUCUACAUGUGCUGCUCCUGUCAGAUGCCACAAGGAAUGACCUCCCCACGCUUCAUCGAGUUUGUCUGCAAGCACGACGACGUGCUCAAGUGUUUUGUAACCAGGAAUCCAAAGAUCAUCUUUAACCACUUCCAUUUCCUGCUGGAGUGUCCAGAGCUGAUGUCACGCUUCAUGCAUAUCAUUAAGGGCCAGCCCUUUAAGGAUCGUUGUGAGUGGUUCUAUGAGCAUUUACUGGCAGGCCAGCCGGACUCAGACAUGGUUCAUCGUCCGGUCAACGAGAAUGACAUCCUCCUCAUCCACAGAGACUCCAUAUUCAGGAGCAGCUGUGAAAUGGUUUCCAAGUCCACUAACGAGAAACUCAAACAGGGCAUUGCUGUUCGUUUCCAUGGCGAGGAAGGGAUGGGUCAGGGUGUGGUGCGGGAGUGGUUUGACAUCCUGUCUAAUGAGAUCAUCAACCCAGACUAUGCUCUGUUCACUCAGUCAGCUGAUGGAACCACUUUUCAGCCUAAUAGUAACUCCUCGGUAAACCCAGACCAUCUGAACUACUUCCAGUUUGCGGGUCAGAUCCUGGGUUUGGCUCUGUACCACCGACAGCUGGUGAACAUCUACUUCACCCGCUCCUUCUACAAACACAUACUGGGUAUCCCAGUGAGCUACCAGGAUGUAUCAUCCAUUGAUCCAGAGUACGCAAAGAACCUGCAGUGGAUCCUGGACAACGACAUCAGCGAUCUUGGUCUGGAGCUCACCUUCUCUGUAGAGACGGACGUGUUUGGGGCGAUGGAGGAAGUACCCCUGAAACCUGGAGGGACGAGCAUCCUGGUCACUCAGGACAACAAGGCCGAGUACGUACAGCUGGUAACGGAGCUGAGGAUGACACGAGCCAUCCAGCCUCAGAUAAACGCCUUCCUACAAGGAUUCCACACUUUCAUCCCCCCCUCACUCAUCCAGCUUUUCGAUGAAUACGAAUUGGAGCUGCUGCUGUCAGGAAUGCCAGAGAUUGAUGUGCAGGAUUGGUACAGGAACACUGAAUACACCAGUGGCUAUGACACUCAGGAGCCCGUCAUCCAGUGGUUCUGGGAGGUGGUGAAGAGCCUGACCCAGGAGGAACGGGUUCUUCUUCUUCAGUUUGUCACUGGAAGUUCCAGGGUCCCUCAUGGAGGUUUUGCCUACUUGAUGGGUGGUAGUGGUUUGCAAAAAUUCACCAUUGCUGCAUUGCCAUUCACCACCAACCUACUGCCUACCUCGAGCACCUGUAUCAACAUGCUGAAACUCCCGGAAUACCCGAGUCAAGAGGUCCUGAGAGACCGACUGCUGGUCGCUCUGCAUUGCGGAAGUUACGGGUACACCAUGGCGUAAACUAUCACGUCAGCUCCUGCUACAGCGAGGGUCUGCAAAUCUCAACAAUCCCUCCUUAACCCAGACAUUGUUUUUGUAGACCGGCAAAAAAAAGGGAAAUCCACAUUCUUACUCAUGAGCUGCUGGAGAGGCACAACAGACUGAAUGGAGGGACUACAGGUUCUAGAUCUCCACUUGUACCUCAGGCAGAGCUUUUUUUUAAGAAAAAAAAGAAUCCAAGCUGGAAUCUGGUUAUUUUAUUAUGCAAAUAAUCAUCUUUAAAUUAGAUUAUUUUCAUGCGUUUAAGAAGAUGAGCUGUCAACUUAGAACACAGGAUAGUAACCGCAGUAAAGUAUGUUCAUGCAAGCUCACUGAAUGUCAAGUAUCGACUCAGUGUUUAUAGAUUUACAUACGGACGCAGUGGAGAAUUGAUCAGUUUCAAAACAUGCAAUCCUCAUCAUGUUCAUAUCAGAUUGCCUUGUUUUUAAAGAGAGCCUCCAUUAGGCAAAAAUACCAGCACACGUGUAUAUCGUGCUGCCUUUUUCUGUCUCCGUCACCCCUUUUUUUAAGAGUCUCUGUGCUUUUGUGUCAUUAAACAAAAUGAGCCAAACUUCCCACUGUGGACAUACACAGUGUGCUGUCUGAACCUGGCUGCAGGGAUUUGCUCUUAUUCAGUCACAAGAGACGGGAGCAUUAAAUGUGGUCCGACCAGGGUGAUGAGACUUGGCUUGCAGCCGACAUUCCCGCUCCUUUCAGAAGUGCUGGAUGUAGCUGAGUUGAUGGCUCUAUGUUCCUUCAUUGAUCUGUCCAAAAACAGGAACUAUUGUAUAGAAAAGGGGAACAGUAUUAAGAUGCACCGUCAGUGGAAGUAAGGGGGCAGAAACCAAAUGAAUUACCUUAUCGAAAUCAAUCUUCUUUUGAUUCUGAUCCCAUUAUCUUUUAAUAAAGGCCUUUUCCCACGGGUAACCAACAGAUGUGGUAGCACAAGAGAAUAGUCACGCUGAAAACGAGGCUUGGCUGCCUUCUCCACUGAAAGCACCACCAAGCCUGAAGGCAGAGCUCUUAUGACGCCGCCUGAAGAGUGUGACAAGAGAUUUUAGUUCUCCGAGAGUCUAUUUUAUGUACAAGAAAAUAAAAAUGGUAUCGUUAUUUAAAUAGCGUAUAAGUGAACCGAUGGUCCUUGUGAAUAGUUGCAUAUCAUUUUUGGGAAGAGAAGUGACGACAGUAGUGUCCUAAUACUUUUGGCCGUUAAGUGCUGUCUUUUAAAAGAACACCUCUGUGUGUUUUAUUUAAAUAUGUUAUAAUUUCUUUAGUUAAAUGCAGAUGCACGCUGAUACUGUACCGAUCCAAAUACUGCAAAGACAUUGUCAAGUUAGUAAAAAAAAAAAAAGAAUAAAUCAGUGUUCGAUAGGGAACACUAAAGGGAUGCAAUCAGUGCCGGAGAAUAUCUCAAUAUAUUUUUGGGUUACGACAAAUUUGAUGGACGAUGACUGUUAAAUGUUAUGUAAUUAUAUAGACGAGGUGUUUGAGACACGUUGUCCGUUUGUCUGUAUACUUCAGCUGUCGGAACACUCCCCGUAUCUCUAGCUUCAACUGUGUCAUGUGUUUUUACUGUGAAAUGUUUUUUUUAGUCAGUAUUCCUUUCUGUCAUCAAUAUUUGUGCUUCAUAAAUAGCAACCUUGUGUAGUAAUAUCCCUUUGCUCGUGUACAUCCCAUUUAAUGAGGGCCCAUACAACUUAUGUAAACAUGUUUGGCUCUCGGUGCCAAAAAACAAAAACAAAAUGCUGGAAUCGUCUGUGUACACAGCGAUGCUGGAACGAAGAGUUUUUUUAUUUCUAUACAGGAACGAGAAUCACAUCAUGAAUGUAUCCGUUAGCCUAGUUUUCCGUCUUUUUUCCGUUUGUAAAGGGAGCGUACAUAUUGGUUUAAAAGUACCAUUAUCUAGCAGUAUUGUUUGGAAAGCCUCGCUGAAAACGCUUUUGUAAACAGAGGCUCUUUUGCUGAAAAUGGAGGAUUUAUACUGUAAACGCCUUGAGUAUCAAGUUAUGCCAUAUUUGCCAUAGAUAAAGUAUGUUUUGUGCUUUGAGAUUUUAUCCAAUAAACCUUGUUUUGGUAAGACGCUG